AUGUAUAUUGGUCGUGUUAGUCCUGUUGAACCGUUCCCGCAGCAGAUAAAAGGUCGCAAGUAUUCGCUGGAUCAGUUUCUGGGUCCCGUUGGCUACCAGAAAAGUCUGAAUCCCAGCUCCCCUAACAAAAAAAUCAAGUCUGGUGAACCUGAACUGUAUCAGUGCGUGAUCUACCUCUCUCCGGCUGACUAUCACGGAAUACAUGUUCCCGCAAAAUGGAGGCCUAGUAUACGGAGGCAUUUUCCUGGUGCGAAUCUAGCCUUUUCAUGGCCCUGA